AAAUUUUUCAAGUCACUUGAAUUUCAACCUCCAAGCGAUUAGUUUCUCAUUUAAUUUUCUCUCAAAAAUCGACAUUUAAUUUUCUCUCAAAAAUCUACACUUAAUUUUGUCUGAAAAAUCGACAUUUAAUUUUCUCUCAAAAAUCUACACUUAAUUUUGUCUGAAAAAUCGACAUUUAAUUUUGUCUGAAAAAUCGACAUUUAAUUUUAAACCACACUUAUAAACGUAUAAACAGUUUACAAAAUUUAAGAAACAUGUCUCCAUUAGUUCUCGUGUCAUUUCUCGUGUUAAUUUGUACACAAUUUUCGCUCAUCGCUGCCGCGAUUAUUACUCCUCCCUCCGCAUCUACGUCUAAGGCACUUCUAUCGCACGACGAAUUAUCCCUCCAAUUCGAGUGGUUCCAGGGACUUGUCGAAAUAUACAACAAUUUGCAAUUUGACGAGAAAACGUUGGACGAAUUCCUGGACCAUUUUGAGAAUGAACUUAUCUUCCAAAAACAAACAGCUCUUGGCCUUCCCGACCUUCACUCGAAUUGUGCUAACUUACGUAAUCAACUCCUUGAACUUGAGGACAAAAUCCACAACGGCACCAACUUGGAUGCAGCACAACUCGAACUCACCAACAUUGAGGAGGAUCGGGUCAAACUUCGCAAUAUGGGGAUAAAAAUUAUGGGCAAAUUUGUUGCUUCCAUAAGUUCAGAGGAACACGAAGAUGAGAGCAGUAAGAAGCAUGAAAUUGAUUGCAUCAAGCGGGGGGUGGCGAGCAACUCAGAAAUUACCACAUAUUUUUACAACAACGUGCUAAUUCCGGAAGUCAAUUUUCUCGCCCACUCAGAAGAUGAUAAUGACGUAUUAAGCGAUGAAAGCGAUGAAAUCCGGCAAGAAAUCGAGUUUGAUAUAUCUGGGAUGGAAAAAAUGUCCAAAUUGCUUGAAGAUGCGGUGGAUCUCGCUUAUGAUUAUGAAUUUCUUGCACAGAGUCCUGCCAAUGCAAUCUAUAUUCCCAACGGAGAAACAUUUGUGAAAAUGGGGAUGCUUGAGGCCAAACAAGAACUUCAAGAUUUUGUCGAGACCACAAUUUCAACAUUUAUCAAGGAAAAUAAGGACAACUUGCAAAAAUACCGGCCCGAGAUGGAUGGCAUGAUGACUAGAUGUGCAGACAAGAUUGGCAGAUUGGAGAAGUUGAUCCGUGAAAUUGACCAAGUUCGAACGAAGAAUAUGAACUUUUCGGAAAUGUACAUGUCCUGCGAUGAAGCAGUCGUGGAAUUUGAAAAGCAAUUAGAAGGUGCACUGUUUUACUAGAGAUGUGUAGCUUGGUAGCACAUAGAUAUGUAGUCUGGGGAGGAUUAGAUAUAAAAUUGCAUAUAGAUAAAUAUAUA